AUACAUCUACCUAUCCAUAAAAAUGAUCACAAAACAGAAAUUACAGAACAAAAGUAUUGAAAACAUGAAUUCAAUUAGGCCAUUAGUUUCCUUUUUUAUACUACUCACUGCUCUGUUUACCUUAAGCGAGGUUAAGACAACUAGCGCAGCUCCUAGUGCUGCCCAGUGCCAAGAAGAGAGAACGCUCGGCCUUAAUGCUUGCAAGCCAGUCGUGUACGGCAGGUCACCGUCGGCGGAGUGUUGCCACCGAAUCAGAGUUUCACACGUGGAAUGUGUUUGCCCUUCGAUCACCCCGAAAAUAGCUGUACUCAUCGAUGUUAACCGCGCAGUUCGAGUCGUUGAAGGCUGUGGUCGGAGAGUUCCUCGUCAUUACAAGUGUGGAAGUAUCACAACUCCGUGAAAAUUGAUGAUUGCAGGAGACUUUUGGAUCAUAUUAUAGUAUGGGUGUGCUAUUAUAAAUAAGGGUUUGAUUGUACAUAAUUUGGUUUAUGUUCUUGCUUAUUUUGGCUAGUUAAUUGAUCACUUACACCCAGAAGACGAGUAACAGGUCUGUUCGUCUUCCACCAUGGAAUUAGACCUGCUCGUUUUCCUUUAUGGAAGAUGAGCCAGAUUUAAUUUGACGGGCCCUAAAACGACAGGUCCGAGGGCGGCGAGUCGGAGGAAGGCGGCACCGAAAUUGAAAGCGUUUAAAAGUAUUUAGUGUACUAAAUGAUUUUUGGCUUUUAAAAUAUUAUUGAUAAUUAAUUUACAUUAAUUAAGAAAAAUUACUAUCAUUUGUCGAA